AUGGAAGAGGAGACAGAGUUUUUUGGAUUUGUACCUGCAUCGUUCAUAUCUGAACUGCAAAUGGAGAUAGAGAAUGCGCUUAAUGAUGGAAUUGCUAAGUUAUGCGAGAUAAGGAGAGGAAAGAUGCAGAGGGUGUCAGAAGUCUUGCUUGAGAGCUUUCGUAAGAACUACUUUAUAUUUUCGAACUUUGUGCUGCGCAACAUUGUGUGUUUUCCUGAUGGGUUUGAGAUGGAACGAAAGGCGAGCGAAGAUGUUGUAGUGGCUGAUAUGCAACAGAUAACUGAUGAGCUGAUGCAAAGCUUUUUAGAAGAGGAGAUGCUACGGGAUGAGAUGAAUUGCCUGAGAGAGGAUCUAGAGAUUGAGGAGUAUCGGAAAGAAAUGUUUGAGAAGAUACUGAAGUGCUCUGAACCAGUAAAUGAUCUUGUGGAUAAUGCUAGAGCAACUCGGGAUGAGCUUGAAGGAAUUAAGCAGUUACAAAGCAGACUUAGGGUGUUUGGUGCAGGAGAGGAUGAUGGAUUUAGUCGAUUGCUAGAAUACAGAGAGAUCAAAAGCAGCUUUGCAAAGAAGGAGCGAGAUGAUCUUUUGAAGAUUGGAAAUAUCGAUGUAUUUGCCAUGAUUAAUGAAAGCAUAAAUAAAUGCGAUGUUUGA